CCGGUUCCGGGGUCGCGUGGGCUGAGGCGGCCGCCACCCUGCCGACGGGCUGGUCGGGGCGGCGCCGGAGGCCGGCAGACCGUCGAAGAUGUCCCGCGGCUCCAGCGCCGGCUUCGACCGACACAUCACCAUCUUCUCCCCCGAGGGCCGCCUCUACCAAGUAGAGUAUGCUUUUAAGGCCAUUAACCAGGGCGGCCUUACGUCGGUAGCCGUCCGUGGGAAAGACUGCGCGGUCAUUGUCACACAGAAGAAAGUCCCCGAUAAGUUACUGGAUUCCAGCACAGUCACUCAUUUAUUCCGAAUAACCGAAAACAUUGGCUGUGUAAUGACAGGAAUGACAGCUGACAGCAAGUCACAGGUGCAGAGAGCGCGCUAUGAGGCUGCAAAUUGGAAAUACAAGUACGGCUACGAGAUCCCGGUGGACAUGCUGUGCAAAAGGAUUGCGGAUAUUUCUCAGGUCUACACACAGAACGCUGAAAUGAGGCCCCUCGGUUGCUGUAUGAUUUUGAUUGGGGUGGACGAAGAGCACGGGCCGCAGGUGUACAAGUGUGACCCGGCCGGCUACUACUGUGGCUUCAAGGCCACCGCCGCAGGAGUGAAGCAGACGGAGUCCACCAGCUUUCUGGAAAAGAAAGUGAAGAAGAAGUUUGACUGGACAUUUGAACAGACAGUAGAGACUGCAAUAACAUGCCUGUCGACUGUCCUGUCCAUUGAUUUCAAACCUUCAGAACUAGAAGUUGGAGUAGUUACAGUUGAAAACCCUAAAUUCAGGAUCCUGACAGAAUCAGAAAUUGACACUCACCUUGUAGCACUAGCGGAGAGAGACUAGCUCCAGAGUGAAGUUGCCUGGCCUUUGGCUUGGGCCACCCGCCAGGAAGUCCGUGGUAGAAAGGAAGGCCCCUGCAUGGGAUAUUUACUUGGAAAAUAAAACAGAUUUUGGAAAAA